AUGUCUGACUUGUACCGUUCAGCAAUCAGCGCUCGUAUAGCAAAGCUGCCAUCUCUUCCUCCCAGCGACGAGGACGAUGAGCAAGAUGAGGCUACAAAUAUAAUAGGUCUUCUGCCAACUGGCAUGGGGCCACCUGCAUUGCGAACUCCAAAUGCUGCGUUCUCGCCGAUAUCUGCAUCUGAGUUCUUCACCGAAGCCAUACAGGUGUCUGUGCCUUCCGCAAAUCUCGAUAUUCGCGUGUAUCACACACCUCCAAAGUUGGCAUCAGGGACUUUGAUGGUUUGCCACCACGGUGCAGGAUAUUCAGGACUCACUUUUGCUUGCUUUGCGAAAGAGGUAUCGGAUAUGACCAAGGGCGAACUAGGGAUCCUAUCUCUAGAUGCGCGACGCCAUGGAAAAACUACAUCAACUGCUCCAGAUGAGGAUCUUUCGAUAGAUGUCCUUACAGCCGAUCUGCUCGGUCUUCUUAGAACUCUUUACCCCGAUCCUGCAUCUGCUCCUACAUUUCUAUUACUUGGCCAUAGUAUGGGAGGUUCUGUUGUAGUCAGGACGUGCCCUAUGUUGCUCGAGCUAAAGUACAAAGUGGCGGGUGUCGCUGUGUUGGACGUGGUAGAGGGUUCCGCAGUUGAGGCCCUUCCUCAUAUGCACAGUCUCCUCAAUUCUAGGCCAGAUGGAUUUGAUAGUUUAGAAGAAGCUGUAGAAUGGCACGUCAACACGAAUCUAAUCCGCAAUCCGAACUCGGCUAGGGUGUCUAUCCCUGCCGUGUUUGUGCCAUCGUCAUCAGACUCUUCUCUUGUACCUGCUUAUCAGUGGCGGACACCUUUACGCUCGACUGCAUCUUACUGGUCGAGUUGGUUCACUGGGUUGUCGAACAAGUUCCUUGCUGCAAAAGCUGCUCGCAUUCUUAUACUAGCUGGAACCGAUAGGCUUGAUAAAGAACUGAUGAUUGGACAGAUGCAAGGCAAGUUCCAAAUGGAAGUUUUGGCCAAUGUUGGACACAUGCUACAUGAGGAUGAUCCUACUAGGCUAGCUGAAAUACUCGUCGAGUUCUGGAAAAGAAAUGACAGAGUCAUCAUCGGCGUGAAGAACAUCAAGAAGGUUGGUGAGAAUUGA